AUGAGCAAUCAGGAGGUGACUUAUUCAGCUUUAAGAUUUCCUCAGUCUUCUUCAGAAUCGCAAAAUGGAUUAAGACCUGAUGGCACUCGAAGGAGCGGAAAAACUGAUGAUAAAGAGUUCUCAGUGCCCAGGCAUCUCCUUGCAGUGACUCUUGGAAUCCUCUGUUUACUUCUCUCAGUGGCGGUCGCAGUGUUGGUGACAAAGAUUUUACAGCUUAUUCAAGAAAAGCAUCAACAGCAGGAAAUUCUAGGAAACCUCACUCAAAUGUACCACGUCGUGCAAAACGAUGACUACUUAAAGAAGCAACUCUUGGCAAAUAAGUCUUUAGAAUAUGACACUCUCAAAAAUAAAACCCUUCUAAUGGAAAAUGCACUGAAGUCACCCUUUUUAAAACAGAAUGGACGCUGUGCAAAAAAAGAUACCGUCCCGAAAUCUGUGCACAAUCCAGGUAAAGUCCAUGAAGACUACUGGUCCUGUUAUGGAGUAAACUGCUAUUAUUUUAUUCUGCAAGAUAACACCUGGGAGCAAUGUAAACAAACCUGCCAAAGUUACGGUUCCUCCCUUUUGAAGAUUGACAAUGAACAUGAACUGGCAUUUGUUCAAUUUCAGAUUCAUGGAAAUAUGUAUUGGAUUGGAUUGUCAUAUAGUGAUGUGGAAUGCAAAUGGAAAUGGCUUGAUGAUGGCACAUCACCUGGAAUCUCUCUGCUUAUGGCCUGGCAAAGCAUUGGAAGACAGCCCAAGUCCUUGACCCCUGCACACACAUGGGAGACCUGGAAGAAACUCCUGGCUCCUGGCGUCAGAUUGGUCCAGCUCUGUCCAUUGUGGUCAUUAGGGGAGCAAAGCAGCAGAUGAAGACCUCUCUCUCUGUCUCUCCCUGUCUCUGUAUGUAACUCUACCUCUCAAAUAAAUAAAUAAACAUUAAAAAAAAACACUCUAGAAUGGUCUUGAGCCCUCCAUUUAAGCAAAAGAGAAAAAAGAAUAAUCUCACCUAAGAAUUCAGAAUCACAAAAAAAAACCACCACAUAUGUACUCCUGCCUCUACUUAAGCCUCAGCCUAAGUGUGAAUCUACUUUCUGACUGAUGAACAUAUUCAAGGAGGUGCAGCAUCUUAUUUAUCUAUCAUUUUAACUAAGUAGGAAAGUAGUUCUGCCACCUAAUGAACCUUUUUUUUAGAUAGACACCAUGCUUUGAUAGUUUUCUGUGGACUGCCAUGGUUUUGCUUAACUACUGUUUGUUGAUGGGGAAGACAAAGAAAUAAACCAAAACAUCAAUCAAACUAUCUAAUCUCUGACUGUAUUUCAUUCUGUUUUUUUCUCCUUAAAGUAUAUUUUCAUGAGACCUGGUUAUCUGUGUCACAGAAAUUCAGUUCUACUUUUCAAAUUCUCACUUCUAUUAAACAAAUAAAAUAAGAAAGUAGGUUUGGUAUAUUAUGAUCCCAAAGCCAUUUUGCAAAGUAAUUUUUCUGCUGACCAAAAGUUCAGAGUGUGGAACAAACUGGGAGAUUUUAGGUAAAUGUCUUUAAUGGGCUACGAAUAAAGAAAAUCUUUCGAUGUUGAAGUUAUGAAGAACAUUUAUAUUUAUUAGGAAUUUAAGAAAUAGAAUUUA